GACAGACCCACUCAGUGCCAACUGCCAGCUCUGGAUAAAGAGACACACUCACUAUAGCUAAGGGGCUUUGGAUUAUUUCUGGGGUGCUCAGUCACUCAGUCCCCCCUGCUUUACAAAGACAUGUGAGUUUUAUUUCCAUGUCCUGCUGAUUCCGCUGCCUGCACCCCAACAAACUCCAAUGGCAGUGCCAGCCAUGUGUGAGUCUGCCCUCCUACCCUCCCCGCCGUCCAGCCCGUUCUACGGGGAAUCCGCCGACACCUAUUUCCAUGUUGACCGCUGGCAGAAACUGCGCACCGCCGUCAGGAAGCUGGAAUUCUGGGAAAGCUUCAGCGCUGAGCUGAUCGGCAGUGGAUUCUUUUCCAAGGUCUAUAAGGUGACACAGGGUAUUGGAUCUAAGUCGAUGGUGGUGAAAAUUUACAAAAACGAUGUCGAUGAGGAGGGAAUUGUCCGAGAGAUCACUUUGCUUCAAAAAUUUUCUCACCCUAAUAUUGUAAGGUAUCUUGGAAUAUGCGUCAAGGAUGAGAAAUUGCAUCCAAUAUUGGAGUAUGUGAAUGGGGGGUGCCUGGAAGAGCUACUGGCCACUAAAGAGCUCCCCCUCAGCUGGAGAGACAAAGUGGAACUGUCCUGUGACAUCAGCAGGGGGAUGGUCUAUCUGCACUCCAAGAAUAUCUACCACCGGGACCUCAAUUCCAAGAACUGCCUGAUCAGGGUGACCCCACGGGGCAGGGAGGCCGUGGUGACGGAUUUCGGCCUCGCUCGGGAGGUCGGGGAGCUGCCAUUGAAGAAUGGGGAGCGCAAGUUGUCUCUGGUUGGAUCUGCCUUUUGGAUGGCACCGGAGAUGCUGCGGGGGGAGCCGUAUGACAGAAAGGUCGACGUCUUUUCCUUCGGGAUCGUUCUGUGCGAAAUUCUGGGCCGGAUCCCUGCCGACCCGGAGAUCCUUCCGCGCACACGGGAUUUCGGGUUAGAUGUUACGGCAUUCAAGGAGAUGGUCCCAGGUUGCCCCAAGCAAAUGUUGGACCUAACCGUCACCUGUUGCCGGCUGGAAGCUUUCAAAAGACCCUCAUUUGGGGAGAUUCUCGACCAACUGGAAGACCUGGCCGAAGUGCUGGAGUCUCAGGCGUCCAAUCAGAACGCCUGCUGAACGGACUUGCAUUCCCUUGUAUAUAGUGUACAGACUGGGGCCAGAGAUGGGAUCUGGGCCCCCCAUGGUGUAUAUGGAGGACUGCUAUUUAUUGAGCAAAACUGGAUUCUAUUUUUGUGAAUAAAUUUCCCUCCUGUCGCUUAUUGAGUGGCGAUGUGAUGAUCUCCUGGCCUUGUAAAGCUGUUGCUAUUUCAUUGGCUAAUCAGCUGCUGUCGAUGGGUCCGUGGGAGGAAACAAUAGAAUAAACUGUGGCCUUAAUGUUCCCUGUUGUUUGAUUGUCUGUUCAAUAUCAUUCUCCAUCAAUAACCACCAGGGGUCGCUGUUGGACUGGUGCGGGUGGAGAAUGACUCAGGUAAGCAACAUGGCAGCUCUCACCUUCCUUGUAAAUAUGUUCUAUUGGCUUCAAUAAAAAAUAAUAGACAA